GCUGUGAGCUGCGUUCUUCCAGUCUAAACCUCAUAGUCCUUGCAUAAAGUCACUUUACUGUGCAGGCAGCACUGGGAGCACACACUUCAUAGUGGUAGGCUUUGCAUGGACUAUGUAACCCCUGUCAGCAAUUAGUCAACUAUUUAUUUGGUGUUAAAUUACUUCAACUGGAUUUGCUCUCAUCCCCCUGCAGGACAUCACCUGCGCGUGAGGGAUAAGCAGUGGUUUAUGUUGCUCUGAAGGAUCAGGAAAUUGGAAUUAGGCUGUGCAACAGAGUGGAUCACACAAGAGAUGCCAUAAGGAGGCUGCUGGAGUUGCCAGUAUAAGUGAUAAAUCUAUUUAAUGAAAUCAAAUUGGAUAAUAUGCAACUUCAAAAAGCCGCUUCCAAUUCAUCUUCUUCGAAAAUGUUGUGACAAAUUUAGUGUACUUCACUUCUUGUCCCAACCCCUCAAGGAGGAGGAGGAGGCCGCAACAGGAAUACAAAUACAAAGGACUUGAGCAUCUGUCUUAUGAAGGCCACCUAAGAAAUGAGAUGGAUUCAUUAUUUUUAAAAGAAAUAAUGGAAAAACCAAUGAGACGUUGCUGCUUCUUGCUAAUUAUCACCCUAACUAGAAUGGUUCCUAGUAUUGCUUCUACUGUAAAUUAUGCUUCCCCCACGUUAACACCUGUGGUAAAUGAAGAGAAUGUAAAAAAUGAAAGAAUUAUCAAUUCUCAGUUCAAAUGUUAUGAGAAAAUAAAAAAAGACCCUCCCUAUUCGAAACAAGGACUAUAUUGUAAUCGUACAUGGGAUGGAUGGCUGUGCUGGGAUGAUACCGCUGCUGGAGAAAAUGUAACACAGAACUGUCCUGACUAUUUUGCAGAUUUUGACCCAACUGAAAAGGCGUCAAAGUUCUGUGAUUGGAAGGGAAAUUGGUUUCAACAUCCUGAAAGCAAUCGGACAUGGUCCAACUAUACUCUCUGCAAUUCUUUUACUUCUGAAAAACUGAAGGUGGCCUACAUACUGUACUACAUGGCAAUAGUAGGACAUGCCUUGUCAAUUGUUUCAUUGUUGAUUUCCCUUGGAAUUUUCUUCUAUUUCAAGAGCCUCAGCUGUCAAAGGAUAACAUUACAUAAGAAUUUAUUUUUCACCUAUGUGCUGAACUCAGUGUUUACACUUGUCCAUCUUAUCGCAGUUGUACCCAACACAGAACUUGUGAGAAGAGACCCUGCGAGCUGCAAGGUGCUACAGUUUUUUCAUCAGUAUAUGCUUGGAUGUAAUUACUUUUGGAUGCUUUGUGAAGGGAUUUAUCUGCAUACCCUGAUUGUAGUGGCUGUAUUUGCUGAAGAACAGCAUUUGCAUUGGUAUUAUCUACUUGGGUGGGGCUUUCCUUUAGUGCCUGCAUCAAUUCAUGCAUUUGCAAGGACAAAGUACUACAAUGACAAAUGUUGGAUGAGUGUGGAAACACAUUUGUUGUAUAUAGUUCAUGGGCCCAUAAUGGCGGCAUUGCUGGUCAAUUUGUUCUUUUUGCUGAAUAUAGUAUUAGUACUUGUGACAAAGUUAAGAGACACUCAUCGAGCAGAAUCCAACAUGUAUAUGAAAGCUGUCAGAGCCACUUUAAUCCUGGUGCCAUUAUUAGGAAUUCAGUUUGUCAUCAUUCCAUGGAGGCCUGAAAACCGACUUGCUGGAGAAAUCUAUGACUAUAUCAUGCAUAUAUUAAUGCAUUAUCAGGGAUUGCUUGUUGCAACCAUCUUCUGCUUCUUUAAUGGAGAGGUUCAGGGAGCAUUAAAGAGACAAUGGAUGCAAUAUAAAACUCAGCUGGGCCAAAGGCGAAGAGACCACUGCUCUAUGCGGUCAACAUCCUACACAGCUACAUCAAUAACUGAGGUUCCCAUUUACCUCCAUGAUUCUAACUGUGAACAAUUAAAUGGAAAAUAUGGAGAUGAAUCAGAAAUCACUGCAUUAAAUUCUGAAGACACGUAUGCCUGAACUAAUAGCGACAUAGGAAUACUGUUGAUGGAAGUCUGAAAGCAACAUUAUUUUCUAAGGAAUUAAAGCCUUUAAAAUGAGUGUCAGUAAGAGGAAUUACUGACAGUAUUCACUGCAUCAAAACUCCUCUGAUGUGAUCUUAACUAGGAUGGAAUGUGGUCUUAACUAGGAUGGAAUGUGGUCUUAACUAGGAUGGAAUGUUGGCUGUACUAUGAAUUGGAAUGUUCGCUGUACUAUGAAUCGGAAUGUUGGCUGUACUAUGAAUCGGAAUGUUGCUACAAUAGCAUUUCUAAAGGAUAGAGACAUUCAGAAAUUCCUAAAGAAAGGCUGGUUACAAAGAGUGCUAUGACAAGUGGUGAUUAAACAUCUGCGUCAGUGUUUCUACAAUUUAUAGUCAAAUUCAUCAUAUUCACUUUCAGAAUUAUUCUAUGUGUUAUACAGUAAGAUUUGCUCAAAGCAUAUGGUCAUAAUUUUAGACUAUAUUUUAGAGGGAACUUUUGACUGAGGGUCCAGAAUAUCUUCAAUGGUCUCUAAAGUUAUUUUUUUAAAAUGUAAUAGUUUAUUAGAUUAUAGAUAUAUAGAAAAAAUAUCCAAUUUGUUUCUUUGAAAAGCACAGUGCACAAUUUGAAUAAUUUUGGUGCUAAAGAAUGGUUGAAUGAAUGGUCUCAAAGAUAAUUUUUGUUGUCUUUCUAGUUGUUUUCUUAAAUGUUUUUUUAUGCAUUGUUUCACAAUUAAUUUAUGUGCCAUUGUUUCACAUUUUUUACUUAAAAGGACACUGAAUACAAUUUUUCUUCUUUCAUUAUUCAGAUAGAGCAUAACUUUUAAAGCAAC